AGGGGAAAAAGCGAAAUCCCACGCUUGUCUUCAUCUCAUCUUGCUGCUGCCCGUCUGCUACUCUUAGUCUCUCUUCCGAUGCUUCCUAGGGAGCUUCGUUUCAUCCCCCUUUUAAUUAAUUAAUUAAUUAAUUCCCCUCCCCAGCCAUUUUAUUUAUUUAUACAUCAUUUCCCUCUGUUACCCGCCACGCCAACAGAUUCUCUCUCUCUCUCUCUCUCUCUCUCUGUGCAGUGUGUGUCUCUGAUUGCGAGGAGAAGAAGCAACCGGCGAUGCGCGAGCUAGGGCUUGAGGAUCAGCGUCGGCACUCCGGAGCUCGAGAUCUAAGCCCCGACUCUGGCAUCUUCACCCUCGAAUCCAGUGUUAGCCUUUUCUCCUCCGCUUCCGCCAGCGUCGAUCGCUGCUCUUUCGCCUCCGAUGUUCAUGACCGCGACUCUCUCGCCUCUGAAGUUUCUCAGCAUUUGGCAGGACGUGAUCUGCAUGAGACUUCGAGUGGUCCAGAUUCAGAUCCAAGCAGGUCCUCAGUACACAGAUACAGUCGCCAUGCCAGAAAAAUAGAAAAAGCAAAAGCUCUGAAAAAAGAGGUCAAUGCAGAGAUAGAUGACGCCACUGAAUCCCAAGAUUCAGCUGGGAACUCCUUCUCUCAAGCUCUUAAAGAAUGUCAAGACCGGAGAUCUAGAUCUGAAGCUCUACAGAAAAAGACUAACAGGCGAAGACCUGCUUCGCUAGAUCUGAACAAUCAUAUAAUCAAUGCCGCAAAUUCCUCACCACGGUUUGGAGUAAUGAAAAAGAGCUCUGUUGUAAGUCGGCCAACAGGGACGAUUCUGAGUCCUGGAACACCUAAUAAUCGACACAUUAGUGUUGGAAUCCACAAAGGCUGGAGCUCUGAACGUGUGCCAACACAUAACAAUAUGCACCAGAGGCACAUUGGUUCUGCAAUGUUGCCUUUCAACAAUGGAAGGACACUUCCUUCCAAGUGGGAAGAUGCUGAGAGGUGGAUUUUCAGUCCAGUUUCUGGUGAAGGUGUUGUCAAACCUUCAUCUCAGCAACUGCACAAACGUCCAAAGUCCAAGAGUGGACCUCUUGGGCCUCCUGGAAUUGCAUAUUACUCAUUAUAUUCACCAGCAGCACCCAUGUUUGAAGGUGACACUGUUGAAAAUUUAGUGGCAGGAUCUCCAUUUUCAGCUGGAGUAAUAGCAGCGGGUCAUUUAUCAAUGUGUCCUGGCACAGGCAACAAUGGAGUUGGAACAUGUCCUCCACCCAUGGAGCCUUGCAUGGCAAGGUCAGUUAGCAUACACGGGUGUACUGAAAUGCAGAACCAUUUGUCAUUACCAGGUCCCCAAGUUUUGGCCUGUUGUGAUUUGAUGAUAACAACAGAUGAUAAACUUCAAGGUGAUAAGGAUGCAGCCAUUGACAUUUCCAGUGCUGUUUCAAGAAGGGAUAUGGCAACCCAGAUGAGCCCACAGGCUAGCCUCCAUUCAUCUCCCGAGAGGAGGCUGUCUUUCUCACACUUGACUCCAUCUGUGCUAUCCAUUUUGGAGUUGGAACAUGUCCAUUCCUCUAAAACAGAAGUCAGAGAUGUGCAGGUUGAUGAGCAGGUAACUUUGAGUAGGUGGUCCAAGAAACAUAGAGCUCGAUUUCUAGGAAAAGGCUCAGAAAAUGCUGAGGACUGGAAAAAUAAGGCUGUGGAGGCUCGACCUUCUGCUUGGGAAGUUGCAGAGGCAACAAAAAGCAUUUCCAAAAUGAAGAGGGAGGAAGCCAAAAUCACCGCAUGGGAGAACCUCCAGAAGGCAAAAGCUGAGGCAGCAAUAAGGAAGCUUGAGAUGAAACUUGAAAAGAAGAGAUCAUCAUCCAUGGACAGGAUUAUGAAAAAACUGAGGUCAGCUCAAAAGAAGGCCCAAGAAAUGCGGAGUUCAGCGUUAACCAAUCAGUCCCAUCAAGUUGCCAGGACUUCCAAUAAGCUCAUAUCUUUCCGCCGGACCAGACAGAUUAGUUCGUUGAGUGGGUGUUUCACCUGCCACGCUUUUUAGUGCCUCAUUCAGCUGAUUGUUCAUUCUAAUUGACCUCAACAACCAGAAUGUGACAGGCAAUGUAAGGAGCUGAAAUAAAUGUUGUGUGCUCGAGCUCAAAUUCAAGUUUGACUUUGACGCUAGAAUUGGGGUCACCUCACUUUUGCAGCUGUACAAGCGCCGCCAGUGUUACCCACAUCUCUGAUGAUCCGUGAAGUAAUGUCUGCAGUAUUCUUAAGAAUUCAGUCUGCGUUCAUCCGAUUUGAAUAAUAAUGGUAGCAGCAUCCAUGUUUGCAAAUCAACCCGUUGAAUUGUGGGAAAACAGAAACAGCUAUUUUCUGGUUAGCCCUCUUUUUCCUUGAGAGAGCGGUUUUAGGGAUAUUCCUUUUAAUAGACAGCGUUUCAGCUGCUAAAGGAGCCCAUUUUCCCUCACAUGUUUCCCUUUCAUAUUUCGGUGGAAAAAAAAGAAAGAAAGAAAAAGCAAAUAAAGAACUGUAGUGUUGAUAAGUCAA